AUGUCCAACGCCUCCCCAGGAUCCGUCGACCCGCCACAGCACAUGGCGGAGAAGCACCGAAGGUCGCGUUUGGGAUGUAGUCGGUGCAAGGCACGGAAAUUGAAAUGCGACCAGAAGAAACCCGCGUGUUCACAGUGCAUGCGAAGCCGGGUGGAAUGUCCAGGUUAUCGCAGCAAUCUCCGCUGGUCAACGAAGCAUGAGGUUCUACAAGAAGAGUCCCAGCCCACCGAGACGAUAGUUCGGCAGCAACGGAUGAGUCCCCUUCCAGUCCCAGAGGAUCCUCGACAAGAGUCUGGUAUCAGAGCAGCCAGCGCACAGCCACCAGACGCAAUUCCAAGCAAUGACCAUCGUGUGCCAGAACCGAUCGUCGGGACAGGCUCGGCUGCUUUCGCUGAGGCGUCGACAGAUGAAGGAUUCCCCAGCUUCAUGUCAAUACCAACUCCCGGCUCCUCGCAAAUGGACGCACACUCCAUCAUCCAUCAGGGGGUUAGCAGUGAUGAGGGGUGGUUCGACUUUCCAACCUUGGAAGAGUGGAACCAGGCGGAUCUAUCCCAUCUGCUUACCUCACUCCAGGAAGUGCCUUCAGUCCCUCUCAGCACUCAACCCGAGACGAACGUUAAUCGGACGUUGCAUGGGCCACCUCAGGAGACGGAUUCGCCAGGACAGUCAACGCCUGAUGAUACAUCGAUCUUCAUCCGCUAUUAUUUUGAAAAGAUCUGUCCGCUUCAUUCCCUGAUUCGUAACAAGGAAAAUCCUUUCAAGCUGUUAGUCGAGGAAUAUAUUCAAACCUCGACGCUUAUUUACAACUGCAUUGUUAGUAUGGCGGCAGUCCACCUAUUGCAGGGAGAAGAGUCGGUGCUUCGGCUGUCAGUCAAAUACCACUCAGCAGCAGUGCACACUCUUGCUCGAACCAUCUCGAAGCUGAACAUCGAUGAUCGCAGUGCACCCGUGGAGUCAAUGGCCCCACGUCUCGAAGAAGUACUCUUUGCGUCCAUUCUUCUAGGAGUGUCAUCGCCCUGGUUCGAUCCGAAAGAUUUAGGAAUGCCACAUCUCCGAGGUGCUCGCAAUAUAUGCGAGCGCUGGUUGGCAGCUCUGGCCUCCAACGGGACUCCGUUAGUGCCACAAGUCGUGCUCAACAGAAACAAGAGCUUCCUGCUUGGGGCAAUGGCGUAUUGGGAGGCAGCAACAGCUUUCGUGGUUGAUCAGUCCGUCAGUGUGAUUGAUUAUCUCAUGCCCUUCCUUGGUGAGGCCGACCUGGUCCAUAUUAAUCCCUUUACGGGCAUAUGCACUCCGGUGUUCAUCAAUCUGGCCCGGAUCGCCAUCUGUCUCCGACAACAACUUGUUCUGUCGCGCUUACCAAACCUUGGCUGGGACCAAGACAGCUAUCGCCAAAUUUCCGAAACGAUACGACAGUGUGCUGCGGAUGCAGAACACUUUGCAGCCAGCUACCGACGACCCUCGCGACGCAGAAUAUCCGGGGUGGCAAGUACAUCCACCAUCCAGUCGCUCGAAUGCUACGCCGACUUGUACAACCUUGCAGCCCUGAUAGAGUUGUACCAAUGCUUUCCUGAUCUCGUUCAAGGUUUGCACGGGGCUCCUAUUCCGGAAGAAUCGAAACACGAUAUUGCACUACGAGUAAUCCAGGAUCUGGCUGGCACCGUGAUCGACCUCCUGCAAGAUCUGUCUGGGGGGAAUUGGCAUGAAAGCAGUCUCUACCAGACUCUGGCUUUGAUCAUCGCCGGCAGCGUUGUGUACGCCCCGCCUGACCCAGUGCCACAAACCUCAUCACCGUCCAUUCCCCAUCAGCAACAUCGGCGACAACAGCUACCAGACCAGCAACCAUCUCCGACAUCGACCCGACAGUAUCUUCACUCAGUCCAUCCGCUACCCGCGCGUCUCUCCACCAUCAAGAUGCGCCCCUCGAAAAUAAUGACGAUGCGCGCAUUCCUUCGAAAACGAAUGCGGGUCAACUCUGAGACGUUUGGGUUGGAACGCGUCUUUGAGCGCGCCGAACAAUUGCUUGAAAGUGUCUGGGCUGUCGCGGACGACGUUGAAUCCAGGAGUCUGGUUGAACUGGGUGUGGGUCGCCGUGGGAUUCACUGGAUUGAUGUCAUGACCAGACUGCACCUGGAGACAUUCUUUGGUUAG